AUGCGUGCCACUGAGGCCUCCGUGGCGCUCUCCAAUGGUGGCUGCGGAAACUACGGGAAAUCAAACACGGGACCCUUCAGUAUUGUAACGAUAAAGGAGUCUAGAGACAGGAUGGUUGAGAAAGCUGUCAAUGGCACUGCCACGUCCACGAAAGCUCAGUUCAGACCAACAACCGCCAUUCUCAGCUUAUGGCCUUGA